UGUGGUGACUUUCAAAGAAUCCACAUUUCUCCUUUUUGGCUCAUGUGUUGCCCUGUCAGUCCUCUUUGGACAUGAAGAGACUGGUGUGUUUUUGGCUCCUGACAGCACUGCCGUCGGCGGUGCUGAGCUUUGCUAUACGUAUAACCUCUUACUCACAACCUGGUGAUAUCAACAUCAUGACACCUUCGACCUCAAAUCCAACCAGUAUAGUGUGGAAGCACGACGGUAAUCUGGUGGCUGAAUGGAUGAACUCUGAGAUUAAGUUCAACGAGACGUUUAAAGGGCGCACAACCUUGAACACAACCACAGGAGAGUUGGUUAUCACAGAUGUGCAUCGAGCUGACAGAGGGUUGUAUACAGUGGAGAUCAAUGGUUACAUCAGCGGUGUAGAAUGGAUAAUUGAAGUACUCGAGAGAGUCCCUGAACCUGAAGUGCUGGCAAGACCACUGACAUGUAGCUUCAACUCGGACAACUGCAAUCUGACCUGUCAUGGAAACACCACAGGAGCUGGAACUGUCACCUACAGCUGGAGGGAGGAUGGUGGAGAGUGGAAGGAGGGGGAAAGGGACAAGACCAUUGUGAAUAAUGAGGAACUAAAAAGUGUCAAAACAUUCUACUGCCAGAUGAAGAACGAAGUCAGUGUGGAGGAUAGUGAACCCUACCCGAAUCCAUUCUUCCAAGGAAAACCUCCAACUUGGGUGAUUGUCUUAGCGAUCUUGUUGCCCGUGGCGCUCUUAGGGAUCGGUUGGUACUUAGCAUGGAGAAACCGAGAGACCAUCAGGAAACUGAUCUGUCCACAUUAAGACAGAGAGGGCACUGAUAAUGCAGCUUAAAGUGGACUGAUUGAAUCUUAAAGUGGAUCCACCUCAUAUUCUGCUUAUAAAAAUGUUGUAGUUUGUGUUAUUUGUCAUACUUUUUAUUUUAGUCUCAUCUCAGCUGCUGCUGUGACAGUAGUUACUGAUCAUACAUAUUUUGCUGUCAUUUUUCUUCUUGUACUUAUUUUCUGUGUUGCAAUUGGUAUUAUAUUGUAUUGUAGUUUGUUGUUUUUUAAUUCAGACUCAUCCCAGAAAACCUGCAGCAAACCAACAGACUACUACAAACCCACUAGUAGAGUUAGCAGCUGUCUGGCACACAGGUUAGAGUGAUUUUCCUUGUCAGUCACACUGUGUCACAGGAUGUCAGUGAUUGGACUCUGAAACUAUCAACAGCAUCUUGUGGAAAUAUGAUCUGACAGCCAAUUGAAUGGCUUGCUUUACAUUUUGAAAGAUGCUUGUGACCCAACAUCUCCAGACCUACGUCAUGAAUUUUGUUUUCACAAUGAUUCCAUUCAUGGCACUACAGAACAAUCCUGCAUUUUUCGUGAACUACAGUAACCAUAAGUGAAAGACCAAAAUCCACAAAUGACCAAGUCGGCUGAGUUUUAUUGAUCUGAUCUUCUGAAGACCAAAUAUGAGAAAGUGGAUAUGGCCAUUUACCACUCUUAAACUGUACAAUCCAUAAUACUAAAGACUGUGUAAAUGUCAGUUUCCAGGAGAUUAUAGAAAAGUUGGUGACAAUGGGAUCAAUUCUGGUGACUCUACAGUUGUGGAAAUAAUAUGCUGUAUAUUCAUUUAUUUUCUCUGGUAUCAAGGACGUUGUGUUUCUGUGUAUGGCAGUCACUACACACAUGAUUUUUUUUAUGUGGUAGCAAAUCUAUGCUCAGUGACAAGAUUGACACACACACCCAACUGCCCAGGUUCUCGUAACUCCAAAUUUGUGAAAUCCCAUGAUGACCAAAGUUCAUCUUGUGAAUGCAGCCUGUAAAAAUACACCUGGGCGUUUAUGGUAGCAAUUACACACUCAACAAGUUUUUUCCCAGAGUUUCAUCUGACUCAUGAAAUCAUACAAGAACACAUCAUGCACCAAUAAAUAAUCACGUGUGUGUCAAACAGGCUUGACUUUAGACUAACAACAAAAAUAGUCAUUGUGAAUCAAACUUUUAAGCUUGUAUUUUUUAAACCAUUUUAUCAAAGCACAACUAUGUUUAUGAGAGACUGGGCUUGAGCUACAGUGACCCCAACAGCCCAAACCCCCGCCACCAAGAUGAUUUGACUUCCAUGUUUCAAUAGACUGAACUAGAAUGACACAUACCUCUGCCCAGACCAAACAAUCUUACACGUAGAAAUACAGGGGAAAAGGAAGUGGUCUGAGAAGAUAAAUCUUUGUCACAUCCACCCCUUUAACUGGGUCUGCACCAAAACUGAACAGUUUCUUCCCCGGCCCACACCCUGUAGCUCCCCAGAGUUGGUGCAAUUCAGUGCUUUUUGCGUAAUCCUACUGACACAUAACAGACAUGAGUAAGGACAUGACCUCCUUGCCAGAGGUAAAGAUGGAAACACACUUGACAAGCAUUCUGCCUUCUGUGCCUUUAACACUGAUGAUGUUUACACACUUUGGAUGUGAAUUUUUAAAAAUAAAAUGUAAAUUAAAUAUUACAAAUGUUUUAUAUGCCAUCAUUUUGUAUUGUGUCUACAAUAAUACAAUUACAAUAUGUAUUAUGUAAAUAUACUGUAUGUAUAAUGAUAUCUGUGGGUCCUUAAAAAGUAAUAUAAACUAUUUAUGCUAAAGGAAGUAAACAGUCAAGAAUUCUCACUUA